CUACACCACCACUGGACCUUCAGAGGACAACUACACCCUUCUACAGGAUUACUGCUUCAACAGAACUGCAUCUAUCACUCCAGGAGGAUUGCAGCCACCAUUUAUUCAGACUGCUACCACCACCCUGACUGGCAGGGUGUCAGGUUGUAUUCUGAUUUCAUCUAUUUCAGCAGUAAAAUAUUUUUUGUGAGAUAAUUAUUUUGCAACUGCUGCAGAUAAAAUUCAAGGUUAUAGGACUUAACUUCAGAACUUAGAUUAAUUGCUGCAAAUAAUCUUGGGAGAAGAGUGAAGAGGGAGAAAAGAGAGAGCCACAGGCCCCACAGGGGAGUGGGGCUGGGUUCAGUUCUGGGGCUUGGAGCUGCUGUGUGCACGGUCUGUUUGGUGGGACUGAAGGGCUGAAGGGCACGGCGGGGCCAUGGCUCGCAACGCAGAGAAGGCCAUGACAGCCUUGGCAAGAUUUUGGCAAGCCCAGCUUGAGGAAGGAAAAGUCAAGGAGCGAAGGCCUUUCCUUGCAUCAGAGUGUAAUGAGCUGCCCAAAGCUGAGAAAUGGAAGAGACAGAUCAUUGGGGAGAUUUCUAAGAAAGUGGCACAGAUCCAAAAUGCUGGAUUGGGUGAAUUCAGAAUUCGGGACCUGAAUGAUGAAAUCAACAAACUUCUGAGGGAGAAAGGACACUGGGAAUACAGAAUAAAGGAGCUGGGAGGUCCUGAUUAUGCUAGGAUUGGCCCCAAAAUGUUAGAUCACGAAGGGAAAGAAGUUCCAGGAAACAGAGGCUACAAAUACUUUGGAGCUGCAAAGGACUUGCCAGGAGUUAGAGAGCUUUUUGAAAAGGAGCCCCUGCCACCCCCACGGAAGACUUGGGCUGAACUUAUGAAGGACAUCGACGCCGAGUACUAUAGCUACAGGGAUGAAGAUGAUGGGAUUCUGGAGCCCCUGGAGCAGGAACAUGAGAAGAAAGUUAUAGCAGAAGCAGUGGCAAAAUGGAAGAUGGAGAGAGAAGCACAACUUGCAAGAGGUGAGGAGGAGGAGGAGGAAGAAAACAUAUAUGCUGUCCAUGAGGAAGAGUCUGGUGAGGAAGGUGUCAAGGAGAGAGAAGAUGAAGAUGGCCAACAGAAAUUUAUUGCACAUGUUCCAAUGCAAUGUCCUUCUCAACAGGACAUUGAGAAGGCUCUUGUACGAAGAAAGAAGACGGAGCUGCUCCAGAAGUAUGCCAGUGAAACCCACCUGGCACAGAGUGAGGAGGCAAAGACACUUUUAGAAUUGUAACAAUAAUGUUGGGGGUUGGGUGUUUCCUGUUUUUCUUUGUUAGUGUGGAUUUUUUCCCCAUUGAGUUGCUAAGAAGCACUGAUGGGUGCUUGAGAAAG